AUGGCCUUCCUCCAACAGCUGCGACUUCUUCUCUGGAAGAACAGGCUGACAGCUAUCAGACAGCCAGCAUGGUCUCUGACGCUCAUUAUUUGGCCUGUGAUCAUCUUCAUCAUCAUCGCUGUCACCCGCAACCAGUUUCCCCCAAUAGUAAAGGAUACAUGUUACGUGGGACCCCGAAACCUACCCAGCACAGGCUUCUUCCCUUUCGUGCAGACCCUCAUGUGCAAUGCAGACAGCAGCUGCCAUAACAAAUCGCGCCUGGUGGACCCAGCUACAUCCAAGUCUACGCACAUAUCUUCAGGGAGUGCAAGGUCGACCCUCCUGCUGAAGGGUUCCCCACUGGAAAACCUGGUCCAAGGGGGAGACUUUUUCAACCUUGCGUUCCCCAGUGACUCCAGCAAUGAUCCUGCAGUGCUGAUUGAGGUCUUGAAUAAGAUUCUGGGUCCAUCUUACCAAGGAAGCUCUAACAACAUCUCUCUCAUCAAUACCACUAUUCUGGGAGAUCAGACCUUGAACAAAAUGCUGGAGUCAGUCAACCUGCUGAAGAGGGCCAUCUGCACCAUGACACUGCCCAUGAUAAACACAAGCUCACCCAGCCCGCUCACCUAUGCUGCGGUCACUUUCUGCAAGUCCAACAACACUGUGUUUGAAGUGUUGCUCGACACACUCAACCAGAUACUGACGGAGCUGAUGCUGACAAAACCAGAUGAAAUGGCGACGAUGGCUGGGAUGGCGGUGUCUGUGUUCGAUCAGCUGCAAAAUCAGACCUUGCUGUGGGAAAGUCUCCUGGGUCUACCGCAGCUCUUCUCUCAUGGUUCUGUCGACCAAGUGCUGGGCAGCACAGAGGUUCUACUCACCAACAUACAGGGCGCUAUGCAUGUCAUCCAGAGCAAUUUUCCUGACGCCGGUGCCUCACUUUCCACUGUCCAUCCACUGGUCGUUGGAGGCAUCAAAUUGAUCCGCUAUGUUCAAAACUGGCCAGGCAAAGAUGUGUCCAUUUCCCUCGGAGAGGUUGUCACGUUGCAAAAUGAUUCUCUAAGUGAAAUGGUGAAACGUGUCCUACAAGAAGUCCAGAUACCGCUGGACAAGGCUAUCGGCCUGACAUUGGACAGGGACAUGGUGCGUUUCUACUUGUGUGACAACAGCAGUAACCCGCUUUGGCUAUCAGCAGCGUGCAGUACAGGCACAGUGGACAUGCUUCUAGGUUGGAUCAGCCCUGACAAGGUGGCAAAGCAGGCUCUGCUGGCAUGGAGUAAGCAUGUUGCUGCACAUGAUGUGUCCUUUGCCAAAGGGCUGCUGCACAGUGGGAUUGGAGGUUUAUCCCCAGGAGGACAAGGAGGCUCCGACAUCAGGAGGGCCCGCCGUAGCGUAGAUACACAACCAGAAAAUAUCGAGGAGGAGCUAUUUCUGAGCGUUGGUCAAGUGGUGAUGGAGAUUAUAAAAACUGUUCCUGAGGUGGACAUGGUUGUCCAGAGCAUCCUCAGAACUUGCCUCCAGUCCAUGAUGUCGGCAACACUGGCCCUAGACACUGUAGAAGAAAUGAUGUCCAAUGGCCUGAAAGAUGCCAAUCAACUCAAAUGGACUUAUCUAACGUUGCUGACAAACCAGUCUGAGGCAAGCGUUUGGAUUGGUCGUGUCCUGGACAGCGUGAUGGAAAUGGUUAUGAAAAGUCUGGCAUCUGAGUCUUUAACAUGUGAGGAUCUCCUGAGUCCCUUCGAGUGGCUCUUAAACACAGAGAGCAUAAAGACUGACAUGUGGAGAUCAGUGAUCUGCCAAAACAGCUCCAUUCUACAGCAAGCUCUACUGGCAGACUGGCUGCCAUUGAUUCAGAAGGCUCAAGAAAUGUACAGCACGAUCACAGGCCCAGCAGACUACAACGUAACACUUCCCAUGAUUCUCUCUGAGUGGCACAAGUUGCACAAUAACAGUGUGCAGUUUGGAGUGCUUUUCAACAGACUGACCACAGAGCUGGGUGGGGCAUACUGGAUGAACUGGAUACCAGACAACAGCACUCGUAAUGUUACUGAGACUCUUCAACAAAGUGUUUUUCUGUUCAUGGUGAAUUUUGGAGAAAAGAUUGAGAAGAGUCAAUUGUGGCCCGAGGUAAAGAACUACUUCCACAUGGUUUACUGGAUUUUGAACUACAGGCCUGGUGUCAUAACUCAACCAGCAAACUGUUCUCUCAACUUCUUCACCUUAGCCAUUCAUUGCGAUACUGGUUUGAACUGGCCACAGUUUGCUCAAGCAAUAACUCAGGCUCUGAUGUCACCAAGCCAAGACUUGCUGGUGAAUUGUCUCAAAGGAACCUUGAAUCUGUUGCAGUAUGUGUAUGGUGACAUCUAUAAAAAUCAUAACCUGUUGCAGUCCACAGGCCUGGAACCAAUGCUGCAGCUGUUCCUUAGUGACAGCCCCCUUAAUGUCUCCACAGUGCUUGACAUUGCGUCAAAGCUUGGCAGGCUCAACCAGCACAUUUUUACCUUCAAUGAGACAGACCCAACAAUGCCUGAGCUUGAACGGCUGAUUAUGCAGUUCCUUUCCCUGGAGGGUAACCUCACCCUGUCUCUUCCCCACAUCAUGGGUCACAGUCUGCUUACCUAUUCUGACUACUUCCACCCUGAUGAUGUGGCCCGUGUCAGAGAAGCCCUCCAGCCUUUCACCAACCAAACUUCAGCAGGCCUUGUAGAGGCCAUCCUUAGUGCCAUGGAGCUGCUGAAGACAGUGAUGGAUUCCCCAGAUGGUGACCCAACUAACAUCAUUCUUGGGUACUUACGCCAGCUUCAAGAAUUGGUGAUGUCUCUGUACAGACUACGAAAAAUCGAAAAUCUCCUGUUACCGAUUGGGAAGCUGAGCGCAGCACAAGUCACUGACCUCCACCUGAUUUCCAAGGAUUUUCUUAACCUCCUUACCCCCGAGAGUCUACAGAACCUGACUCAGGCCGGACCAGAUGCUGCCCAGAACAUUGUUAUCCAGAAAUUUGUAGCAUUCCUACCACUGGAGGUUCAACAAGAAGCUACUCGCUUUCUUCAGGAUUUCAAAGCUCUGCAGACCAAAUGUGCAAAAGGUCAGAAUUGUUUGGCUGGAAUCUCAGAAAUCUUCAUUUUCCUGGAUCAGAUAUUAGACAUGAUGCUCUCAGCUAACAGUAAUGUCACCAUCAAAAUAGCUGUAACCAACUCAGUUCUGGAGGGACGGGAAUAUGAGGAACUUACAUCCAUUUUCUUCUCACUCCUUCUGGCCCCAAAUGAUGCUGCCGUUGUGGAAACAUUCAAACAGAUUCUUCAUUUCAUCAGAUUGCUCAUGGCUACACCAAAUAUUUCUGUGUCUGAUGUCCAGAAUGCUCUAGGACAGUCAAACCUAACCCUUGAGGAGCUGAAUAACUUUGCUGCACUAGCUGGAGCUGCCAAUAUAAAUGACCUAAUGGUUAAUAUAGUUGAGAUUAUCAAUGCUCGCCAGUGUUUUGAACCACAGCAUGACCCAAUGGUGACAGCCCAGUGUGUUAUGGGAUUGAUAAACGGAGUCAGUGGUUUCCUGACACACCAACCUGUUCUUCGAAAUGAGACAGCCAUACUCUCCCUUAUCCCGUUAAUCGUCAAUACUACUUUCAGAGAUGUUGUCCAAGCUAACUUCAGUUCCAAUCCAAACGCGGUUCUUGUACACACCCUGAACAGCACCCUGGCCAAUAUCAAGAUGAACCUCCAGCUGAACCAGCUGAGCACUCCAGAGAUCAUGAAUGAAAUCAGAGUGGUGGAGGGUCUGAUACAACUGAUCGCCAACACGGAACCAUUUAACAACAGUUUUAAUACCAUCUUGAUGAAGGACCCCAUGUACGCCCAGAAAGUAUACCUGGAGAUUGUGGAAUGGUACUUGAAAAUUCUAGAAAAUAUCACCAGCAACAGCUCGGUCUCAGAGUUCCUCAAUCCAUUUUUCUACCUCACACAAAUGCAAGUGACAUUACAGCUGGCACAGACAGAUUUCUCUUUGUUUGUCAGUAACCAGGUCGAGUUCUUGAUAAACAGCCUCCAGUACCCAAUAGAUGGUGCAGGGGUGAGUAAAAUUGGCCAGACAAUAAUUGAGAUUCUCCAGGGCCUAUUUGACUUCAUAAAGGUCAACCUAGAGGUUCAGAAUAACAUCCCAGGUUCAGAGCCAGUGUUCAACGCAACCAUUCUGAAUGUCAUUGAGCCCAAAAUUAAGCUAUACCUUGACAUCAUACAGAGGUGGAUGAAACAACCCAAUGUCCCUUUGACCCUUACUAAUAUGCUUCAGUGGGGAAACUCCUCCAUAAAUAUCUCCGCCCCUGUCACAGACAUCCAGCACCUGCUACAGAUGAUGGUUAAUUUUCUCAGUGAUGAUCAACUGGCCCACCUCUCUGUCAUUGGCAAUAUCACCCAGUCCCUGAACAAAGCCCUAAUGGUGGCAGAGCACCCAGGUGGCCUGCAGAGUGAUCAGUUCUUAGCCGCCAUCUUGGAAGCAGUCCAAAGUGCUAUGCAGAUCCUGACUGGAGCCAUGGGCCCCCUGCCAGUAUCUGUACAGCAGAACAUCCUGAAAAUUGUGGAGGAUUCAUUAAAGCUCAUUGUCCAACCAGACAUGAGUUUUGCCUCAUCACGUAACAUCUCCCUCCUUAUCCUCAAGAGAGCUGAGAGCGUCGUCCAACAGACAAUACCAGAAAUGUUUGCAGUAUACUUGCUCUCUGGACUCAAAGUAGCAACCGUAUAUUUUGAGAGUAUCACCACAGCUGGCGGACCAGACAACUGGAAUCAGAUGAUUUUGAAUGGAAUGAAGACAGUCCAGAGCCUCCUGCCGCCAAACAGCACAGCCCAGGCCUACGUUUCUGCGUUCAUUAACAUCACUCACUUCAUCUUGGAGUCUGGCCAAGGCAACAUGAGCCUCUGGGCAAGUUUUGAGAAUGCAUCAGGAGAAAAUGUGCCCCUAAUUAUAGGCCAGAUGGGCAAACUUGUGAGCAUGCUUUGGCCGCUUGUCAUGGGAAACCCAAAACAUCACACAAUUUUUUCAUCUCCGGAGGGCCUUGCUCACCUUUCUGCAUUCCUGGAGCAGCUGAUGACUGGAAAGGCAGACCAAGACAUGUGGGAGAAACUUGAAAAGAUGCUGGAAGCCCUUCUGUCAACCCUUGAGGGAACAGAGCUAUGGAACAAUGUCUCAUCUGUUAUCCCACUAUUUGAAAAAAACAUAGAAAGUAUGGUGAACAUCAUGCAAGCAGAGAAUGCGAUGAUACUAAGCCUUCAGAUGCCUGUGGUGACCCUGAUGAGAGAAAUUGCACAGUCUCUGAACACCAGUCGUUUUAACUUGUCUGAGGUCUCGGAAAGAAUGCAGUUUUCCAUUGAACGCACGGUGAAGGCAGCUCAGCAGGCUAAUGGUACAUUGGAGUGCAGUGACGUUCUCAAAGAGUGGGAGCCAGUAAGAGAGGCAGCAGGGUUAAGCCAUGCCACAAUGGCUAAGUGGUGCAACAUCAGCCUGCAGCCUGUUUUGGAGGCCUAUGUUGCAGCCCAGGCUGUCUACUCCCACCUGAACAUGAGUCACAUGGAUGUGGGACCAAUGACUGUGAGUGCCACAGCUGCCAGGAUUGUCAAGACUGUACAGUCUCUCUACCAAGUCAGCGUUAACCAAACGCUUGUGACAGAGCAGCUAAUCACGGCUUUCUGUAGCCAGUUCUCUACGCUGGCAGGUCAGCCUCUGAGCCCUGAGGCAAAGCUUUACUGGUACAAGCAGCUCCAGGACAUGCAGUUACAAAACAGUUUGUCUUCCAUCAAAUUGCUCUCAGACGAGCUGCUUAGUGUGGCCCCAUUCCUUCACCCUUACACCGAAGCUAUAGAGAAGGCGCUGCGCCACAUUGUGAACAACUUCCAUCUUGUUCAAGACAGCAGCUCAUCCCACGACCUCUUCGAACAGGUAGCAAUGAUAUUCCUAACCUCGGCGAACAUCACCUCGGAUGAAAUCUUCUCCAUGAUGUGGGGAAAUUUUUCUGGACUCAGUGAGGCAUCUCUUACUGACAUGAUGAGAGAAACCAUCAAACUGAUGACUGACCUGAAGAUAUUUGGUGAUGCGCCUCUGGUUUACCAAGCCUUGGAGCAAUUCCUGGCAUCCAAUGACACAAGCUUGACUGUACAGAAAGUGGCUGAGCUGUCUGCAUGGUUGGUCUCGACUCAAGCAUCUGGACUAGACCUGCUUACCCAGGUGCUGCCCAAAAUAUAUGACAUCCUUAGGUCUUUCCUGUCUGUCCUGACUCAGAUGAGUGUGGACAUGCCAGCAAACAUGGAGCUGUUUGAAGACCUAGUUGGAAACAUAACUGCAAUGUUUAGGCAGUUGGUGAGCACCAGUGUUCUUCUGCCUCCCAUUGACCAACUUCAGGGUAUGAUUCAGGCGGAAACGACAGGCGGUAACCAUAAGAUGAGGAUCCGACGCAGACGCGAGGUCCCCUUGAUGCCACCAAGUGACCCCAUGGAUGACUUCAUAGACCUGUUCUACAUCAACUACCCUGCCAUGUUCAAAGCCAUCUCUGUCCCUCCUACCACAGGAGAAAUUGCGGAAACAGUCCACAUGUUCUUUGCCAAUCCUGAUCUGAGUGUUGUGUUGAAGGGAGCUUUGAGUGACAUGCCGUGGGGCUUGAAUGCCUCUCGGGAAGAGACCAUUAAUACUGCUCUUGGGGUGCUCUCCUUUCUCACUCUACCUAGCGCAUUUCAGAUGUCAUCAAUGGAUCUCCUAACUAACGCUACGGAUAUGCUUCCCGAUGGCUUUCCAUUCUCCUCUGUGCUUAAAAAUAUCUCCAGAGUUCUGGCCAGUGAGUCACAAGAGAGCCUGAUUCUCAUGCAGGAGACCAUCCAAACAACCACUGUGCUCUUCCAAAUCGGGGUGACAGACCCACAAUUCACAGAGCAACUUGGCCACCUGAGAUCCCAGGUGUGCGCCUUGGAGAAUACACAGUCUGCGCAUCUGCUGACGUGGUCCCUCUCCAUUGAGCCUGGUCAGCUGUGUCACACUUUUCUGCCCAGCCUGCAGAUCCUGGUUGAAAGUCUGAUGAUGAACACAACCUCUCUGACAGAUGCCAUCUUCCAGACCGUCAUCGGAGAUCCUAGCACCUACGAUUUCCAUGCAAACUGGACAUCUGUGAUGAGUCAAGGUUUGGGCCUUAACACCAGCAGCCUGAGCUCUCUCAACAUCAACAUCACCUCCCCAGUAAUGUCGGUCGGUGAGAUGCUGAGAAAUGAAACUGCCUUUGUUCUGGAUGUUCAGCGACACAUGGAUUUUGAUCCAGCAUCUCUGUACCUGCUGAUGGAAACCACUCUACCAAACAACAAUUUAUUGAUCCUGUCCUGGUUGGUCAACCUGCAUCAGUGCAACUCCACAGCAUCUGUGAACAUGAAAGAGACAGAUGUGGUCAUCUAUAAGGCCUUCUGCUCCAUGUCUGUUGAACAGUGGUACAGCUUUUCACUGCUGAUGGCUCGCCAUCUCAACAUGGAAAAAAUCAUCUACAGAAUGGUGUUGUCUGAAGACAUGCAAAGCAUGAUGGGAGUUAUGCUUCAGAUGGCUGAGGUUAUAACAGACACGAUGAACAAGUUUCUUCCUGCCAUUGGUCAACUGCAAAGCUACCUGCUCUCCAUCCAAGACCUCAACCUGGUGGCCGACAACGAAUUUAGCCAAAUGGCCAGAGGACAGAGGUCCACCGUAUCUAGCCAAGCUACGUUUGUCACCCUCUCUCGAGCGUUGUGCAGUAAGGGUAUCCUGGCUCUGUUUGGAAUCUCCAAACUCCCCACCAUGUUGGAGUCAAACCCUACCUUCCCCAAUAACCACCAGAGGGAGGAGAUGAUUGAGAGGUUCAAGAUUCCACGGAAUGCCACUCCCUUAUGUAUGAACAUGUACCUGGACAUGGUCAAUACCACAGGAGGAGCCAUCGCCUGGGCCUUCCUCAAACCAAUGCUGAUGGGACAAAUCCUGUACACCCCUGACACACCCGUCACUAGGUCAUUAAUGGAGAAGGCCAAUGCCACCUUGCAGGAGUUUGCAAAUCUGAGGAAGUACUCAGAAGACUGGAUUGAAUCCUCCAACUACAUCAUAAAGUCUUCUGAAAUACUCAGCCACACUUUGCCAUUGCUGCAGAAUUCCCUUGGCAAUUCUUUUGUGAAGAAUUUCAUUGAGAUGCAGACAGACAUCAAUGUUGGCAGAAUGAAAGAAACGCUCAGCAAUUUCUCUAACAUGACAGUGAUGCUGGAAAAGAACAAACACAUACUGAGUCAGAUCACCACCUUGUCCACCCUGAUGGUGGACCUCUCCUCCUGUAUCAAGUUUGACCGUUACCGUGGCUACGACUCUGCCGAGCAGCUCAACACUGUAGCCCAGGAACUUGCCAAAAAUCGUGAUCUCUAUGCAAGUGUCAUCUUCAAGCUUCCCAAAGAUGAGGACUCAUCCAGGAAGCGCCAGGCCGGGUCUUCCUCCUCCUCCUCCACCACAUCCCCCAACUCAUCCCUGCCUCCCAAAGUCAGCUACACUAUCCGCAUGCAUAUGGACAAUGUCAUGCGUACUGACAGAGUCCGGAACCCCUAUUUUGUGAAGGACACGCACAUCCUGGCCAGGCAGACAAUGCGCUACAACCGGGGCUUUGUCUACCUCCAGGAAAACAUUGAUCGGGCUAUCAUUGAGACCCAGACUGGGCAGAGAGUCUCCGAGCCAGCCGUCCAGCUGCAGCCCUUCCCCUACCCAUGCCAUCACCGUGAUGAGUACCUGGAGGCUAUCUCUUUUGUCUUCCCACUCAUGCUAAUGAUAGCCUGGGUGCUGUUCGUGGCUGAUUUUGUGAAGAAACUGGUGCAUGAGAGAGAACUGAGGCUGCAUGAGUACAUGAAGAUGAUGGGAGUAAACCCGCUCAGCCACUUCUUCGCCUGGUUCCUGGAGUGUGCCGCCUACCUGGUGGUGACCAUCUUCAUCCUCACUCUGGUGCUGAAGUUUGGCGGAGUCCUGCCCUACAGUGACGGAUUCCUCCUUUUCUUGUACCUCUGCGACUAUGGUUUGAGCAUCCUGGCCUUCAGUUACCUGGUCAGCUCCUUCUUUGACAAGACCUACAUUGCUGGCCUGAGUGGCAGCCUCCUUUACAUCCUCUGCUUCUUCCCUUUCAUCGUGGUCAUGGCCUGGGAGACGAAUCUCACCUUUUCCCAGAAGAGCGCCCUGAGCAUAUUCUCCCCAACCUGUUUCAGUUACGCCAGCCAAUAUAUCUCUCGCUAUGAGACCCAAGGAGAAGGAAUUCAUUGGAGCAACUCAUACACCUCACCCAUAGCUGGUGACUCAGCCUCAUUUGGUUGGCUCUGCUGGCUGAUGCUCAUCGACUCCAUCCUCUACUUCAUCAUCGGGGCUUACAUCCGCAAAGUCUUCCCAGGAAAAUAUGGCAUCCCAGCUCCAUGGUACUUCCCCUUCAAAGCUUCCUUUUGGGCCAACCUAUGCUAUUGCAUUAAGCCUAAGAGUAAGGUGGGCAAAGGACUCCUCUUCACCAACAUCAUGCAGAAAAACCAGCCUGUCUUCUCCAACGACAAGGGAAAAGGCCAGAGCAAUCUUUCCUCCCAGGCCAGUGAGGAUUUCUCAAAGCUCCCAGUGGGUGUUGCCCUCCAUGGUCUCAGCAAAAUCUAUGAUGACCGAGUAGCCAUUCAAAACCUUAAUGCUUCUUUCUACGAGGGUCAUGUCACGGCGUUGCUUGGUCACAAUGGAGCUGGCAAGACGACAACCAUAUCUCUCCUGACUGGACUUUUCGCCCCAUCAUCCGGCACAAUAGAGGUGUACGGCAAAGACAUGCAGACCAAUAUCGAUGAUGUUCGCAAAGAGCUGGGCGUCUGCAUGCAAUACGAUGUCCUCUUUGACCACAUGACCACCAAGGAGCACCUGCUGCUGUACGGCCAGAUUAAGGCCCCACACUGGUCACGCGGGGAACUGCAUCAGCAAGUCCAAACGAUCUUAGAGGAGUCAGGCAUGUACUCUCACAGACACAAGCGGGUGGGCACCCUGUCGGGUGGCAUGAAGCGCAAGCUGUCAAUCUCCAUCGCUUUCAUUGGGGGCUCUCGCUUGGUGGUUCUGGAUGAACCCACUACAGGAGUCGAUCCUUGCUCCAGGCGCAGCAUCUGGGACAUUGUUAUCCAGCACAAGAACCACCGCACCAUCAUCAUGUCCACCCACCACCUGGAUGAGGCUGAGGUGCUGAGCGACCGCAUCGCCUUCCUGGAGAGAGGAGGGUUAAAAUGCUGCGGAUCCCCCUUCCACCUGAAAGACAAGCUGGGUCAGGGCUACAAACUCACCCUCACCAAGAAGAUACAGAAACUAGAGUCUGAACAAAUUGAUAAUGCUGAACUGAAAGCCUUUAUCCAAGCCCAUGUACCCGAAGCGCGACUCAAGGAGGCCCAGGGGGGCGAUUUGGUCUACUCACUGCCCCCCUUCAACUCAUCCACCGCCUCCUCAUACCGCUCCCUCCUGACCGCGCUGGACUCCAACCUGGACGCCCUGCAGCUGGGGGGCUAUGGCAUCUCUGACACCACCCUAGAGGAGGUGUUCCUCCAGCUGACUCAUGGAAACAGAGAGGGGGCCGAGAAUGGUCUCCUGUCUAUCUCAGAGACAGUUUCCGACACGGCAUCCAUUGACAGCUUCCCUUCAGACACCAGUGAAAGCUUCGGUGACAGGAUCAAGCUUAGUAGUUCAUCCAUGGUGUGUGGCAUGGCCCUGGCCUGGCGGCAGAUGGCGGCCAUACUGAUCAAGAGGUUCCACCACAGCCGCAGAGACUGGAAGGGCCUGAUCUCGCAGAUCCUGCUUCCUGUUCUGUUUGUGGUGUUUGCAAUGGGUCUGGGCUCCAUCAAGAACGAUCUGCGGCACUAUCCUGAGCUGGAGCUGAGCCCCGCGCUCUACAACAUUGGACCAAGCUACUCUUUCUUCAGUAACCAAAAUCCCAACUCCGCGCAGCUGGUGAACACCAUGAUGUCAUUCCCUGGGAUCGAUAACGCCUGCCUCGACAAGUCUGAUAACCGGGUCUGCACAAGAAACACAAACAACUGGAGAUCCAGAGGGAACAGCUCCAAAGCAUUUACCGUCUGUAAAUGCACCCAUCAGGAACAGAUUUGUGACAGUGACAACUUCCAGCCGCCGCAUAAGAAGAUCCCUUCGUCUCAGAUUGUUUAUAACCUCAGUGGCAUCAAUGUGGAGAACUACCUGGUGGCCACAGCCAAUGACUUCAUCAGGAACAGGUAUGGUGGAUUUGAUUUUGGCAUGCAGCUUCCUCCUGAUUUACAAACGGACCUUAGAGGAGUGCCCAAAAACCGUACUCUGUCUAAGGUCUGGUUCAACCCCGAGGGUCACCACACAAUGCCAGCAUACUUAAACAGCCUCAGCAACUUCAUCCUACGCUCAAAUCUUCCAGCAGACAAGGAUCCACGUAAAUAUGCCAUUUCAGUUUCCAGUCACCCGUAUUUCGGUCGGGCAGAUGAUGAAGAUGCAGUUGUUCAGGGAAUGCUCCAGAUCCUUCUGGCUAUGUGCGUGCUGACGGGUUACUCAAUCAUGACAGCCAGUUUUGCCAUCUAUGAAGUCAGUGAGCACCACAGUGGCUCCAAGAGGCUCCAGCACAUCGCUGGCAUCAGCGAGCCCUUCUACUGGGCUGUAAACUUCUUUUAUGACAUGGUCCUCUACCUGAUCCCUGUGGCUUUGACUGUUGGUGUGAUCGCAGCCUUCCAGAUUCCAGCAUUCACAGAACGACAAAACUUGGGUGCCAUCACCCUCCUUCUAGUGCUCUUCGGAUUUGCUACCUUCCCCUGGAUGUAUCUGUUAUCAGGUGUCUUCAAGGAUGCGGAAAUGGCCUUCAUCACCUACGUGUGCAUCAACCUCUUCAUCAGUGUCAACACAAUCAUGUCCACCUCCAUCCUCUACUUUCUGGGCCAAAUUUCAAUGCGCAACUCUGAGGUAAUCAAGGACAUCUUCAAGAGGCUGAGCCAUGCCUUCCAAAUUUUCCCCCAGUUCAACUUUGGGAACGGGCUGAUGCACUUGGCUAGGAUGAACAUAGAGGUCCAGAUCCUCAGUGGCUAUGGCAUUGAUGCCUAUCAGAACCCAUUCUCCACAGACGCACUUGGCUGGAUGUUCAUCUCCUCUUUCAUCCAAGGCCUGGUCUUCUUCACCCUGCGCCUCCUGCUCAACAAGUUUCUUAUGCGAAAAGUCAGGCAUCUGAUUUGCGGCAGAAAGACAGUGCCGCAGGUGGCUUGUGAGGACGAGGAUGAGGAUGUGGCUGCUGAGCACCUACGAGUGUCCAGUGGAGCAGCCAGCUCAGACAUACUCCAGGUCAGCCAGCUCACUAAGGUCUAUCAACACCUCAAGAAGAAGGUCCAUGCCGUCAAGAAGCUCUCAGUAGGCAUCCCUGCAGGAGAGUGCUUUGGUCUGCUGGGAGUGAACGGAGCAGGAAAAACUACCACUUUCAAGAUGCUGACUGGAGAUAUUAGCCCCACUGAUGGCACAGCACAGAUCAGGGACUGGGAUGGGCGGUUGGUAGACAUCAUGGAGUGCCGUAACAAGGGAAUUAACAUCGGCUACUGUCCCCAAGUAGAUGCACUGGACGAUCUGCUCACUGGAGAAGAGCACUUGUACUUCUACGCUCGCAUUCGAGGCAUCUCAAAGAGGGAGAUAGAAGGGGUAGUGAACUACUUACUGAAGAGGCUGGAGCUGAACUACCACAGAAACAUCAUUACUGAUAGUUACAGUUGCGGAACCCGCAGGAAGCUCUCCACAGCCCUGGCUCUCAUUGGGCAUCCACAAAUCCUGCUCCUGGAUGAGCCAAGCUCUGGCAUGGACCCUCGCACUAAGCGUCACCUGUGGAAAAUCAUCUCUGAAGAAGUGAAAGGAAAAUGUGCUGUGGUCCUCACAUCUCACAGCAUGGAGGAAUGUGAAGCACUGUGCAGCCGUCUUGCCAUCAUGGUGAAAGGUCAGUUCCGAUGCCUGGGCUCCCUGCAGCACAUUAAGAACAGAUUCGGCAGCGGGUUCACUGUGAAGAUGUACUUGGCCAAGGCCUCCUGUGAUGCAGAGGCAAUCAGUGGCUUCAUGCAGCGCAGAUUCCCCAGCACUUAUCUCAAGGACCAGCACUCUACUAUGGUGGAGUACCACGUGCCAGUUGCUCCAGGAGGGGUGGCUGACAUCUUCGACCAGCUGGAGGCAAACAAGAAUGCUCUGCAGAUCAAACACUUCUCUGUGAGCCAGACCACACUGGAUGAGGUUUUCAUCAACUUUGCCAUGGGAAACAUUGGCAUGGAAACCACACCACUUCACAGUGAAGACGAGUGUGAUGACCUGGGCUUCAUUAAGGCAGUACAAACAUAAAGCUGACUGCCAUCUCUUCUAUGUCUUCUACGAAAGGAAGCACAGUAUCUGUUUAUAGUAUAUCUGCCCUUAAUAUAUAUAUUUGUCUGUGUGUGAAAAAUAAGAGUUUAAACCAUUUAUGUUUUUUAAAAUCCUGAUUACUUUUUGAAAGUUUCUUGACUAAUGAUAUGAAGGGUAACUUAUAUUUGUAUUACCAGAUUAAACUCUCAAUGAAAAACGGAAGAGCACAUGCACAGAAGGAAAGAGUUGAUAAAUUGAGGUCUUAUGUUUAUUUACUUUUUUCCUGUCUUACAGGUCACAUGACAGCACUUGUAUGUUUACCUUUAAUUCUCAAGAUAUUAUUAUUAUUUAUGAAGGAUAAAAUUAAGCAUGUAGGCUCAUAAUAUCUCUCUGUGGUUGGGACACUGUUCACUAUAUAUUAUACCAUAGCAAAUCAAAUCAUCAAUCAUUAUGUAAUUUCUGUUAAGAAUCAUUUUCAUCAUCUUAUAAAACUCACAUACACUAAAUAUGUAAUGUGUAUCACAAAGUAAAUCUUUUAAUCUGAGAGACAUGUAAUCGUGCCCACUGGAUGAAAUUUGACCAAAAAAAAAAAUAUUCACACACAGAACAUCCUCAAUAUGCACUUUUCCACUACUCAUUAACACCUCCUCUAAGGGCAUAUCUAACUUUUAGAAUGAAUAAACUGAAUAUUUAAUGCAGUCUUUCCUCCUUAUGGAACAGUUCCAAAUGG